UUCUUUUCCUCAACAAUAACACAACAUACCGGAGACAUUUUAGCCAUACCGAUUUCUUCCAUCUUUCAAACCACCAUUUUCAACCGAUGGCAGCAUCAAAUCGCCACUUCGUCACACCACAAUACCGCUUCAUCUCCGGCGAACUAAACAAUUCCGUCACAUCUGAUCCAAUGUUCGAAUUCGAACUCAACGAAUCAGACGUCUGGAACAACAACGUCUCCAUCUCACCCGAGUUACGUAAACCGGUGCCGUCUCCACGGAUCUCAAAGAGAUCUUCGUCUGUUGCUGUAAACCGGAAACCGGUCGGAGGAACUCCGGCGUCGGUGCCGGUGAGUGUGCCGGACUGGUCGAAGAUACUGAAAGAGGAUUAUACGGAGAAUCGGAGGAGAGAUAGUGACGAUGAUGAUUUGGAUGAUGAUUAUAACUCCGGUGAAGAGUGGAUUCCGCCUCAUGAGUUUUUAGCGAGGACGAGAAUGGCGUCGUUUUCGGUUCAUGAAGGGAUUGGGAGGACGUUGAAAGGGAGAGAUUUAAGCAGAGUUAGGAAUGCGAUCUGGAAGAAAACCGGAUUCGAAGAAGAUUGACAUAUUAGGAUUCUUGAGUUAUUUGCAUUUUUAUUUUUCUACGGAUUAAUUAGUGAAUUAGUGGUAUUAUAUUUGUAUGCCCUGAUUUGGUGAUCCUUUAAUUAUUUGGAUCGUUGGAGGCGAAUUGGUACUAGUAUGAUAAUGUAAAUUCUGGAUUUUGAAAUGAAUUGGAAAUUGAUUUUGAUGGAUU